AUGGGGUCUGAAAAGAUGAAAGUAAGAAGCUACCGGUGGCAACAACAGAAGAAAAAAUUGGCAUUUACAACAAUUAUAUAUUAUGGAGGCGAGGGCAGAGUGUUCAACUUCUCCAACUCACGAUCCGAUGCGUACGAAUUUAAAGGCGAUGUACGGAUAGAUAGCAGCACAACCACCAUCUUCAUAGCUUCAACGAACCAUCAUCCCAUUAACAUUCCCCACACAAUCAAACCCCAUCCCCGAAAAUUCGACGCCGACGCCAUGAACACCAUCACCGCUUUCCAAAUCAAGGCGGCGCCGCCCGAACAUCUCCCCGAUUGCACCCAAACCCUAGACGCCCCGGCUAUCCUCUUUUCCACCGGCGGGCACGCGGGAAACCACUUCCACCGGUUCACCGACGUGCUGAUCCCGCUCUUCGCCACCUCUCUCCGCUUCAACCGCGACGUCGUCUUCCUCGUCACCAACCACGACUCUCGCAUCACCUCCCAGCACAGGAAAACCCUAGAAAUUCUCUCCAGAUACGAGCUGGUCGACGUCGAUAGAGAGAAUCAAACCCUGUGCUUCACAAACAUGAUCGUCGGGCUCAUCGCUCACGAGCACGAUCUAUCCAUUGAUCCCUCCCCGUUUUCGACAUUUUCGACACGAAACUUCACCAGGCUUCUACGCAGCGUCUACUCCUUGGAGAGGGACUCGGUGGGCGACCAUUAUCGGCCUCGGAUGCUCGUGAUUCCUCGAACAAGAAACCGUCGGUUGACCAACGAGGUUGAGGUGGUCGAGCUAGCACGGAGGCUGGGAUUCGACCCUCUCGUACAUAAGAUGGAUCAUCAUCUCGAGUCGGCCGCCAAAAUCAUCAACACGUUCGACGUCAUGGUCGGAGUCCACGGUGCUGCUCUCACAAACAUGCUCUUUCUACCUGAAAAUGCCGUUGUGAUCCAAAUUACACCGGUGGGGUUGCACAAUUUCGCGAGGACAUGCUUCGGGAGGGCGCCGGAGGAGAUGAAGUUGAAGUAUUUGGAGUAUAAGGUUAGACUGAAUGAGAGCUCCUUGUUUGGUAAAUAUCCCGACCAUAGUCUAAUAUACACAAACCCUGUCCAAUAUUGUCAUAAGAGAGGAUUUCAAGUUUGUAAAAAUGUGUAUAUAGAUAAUCAAGAUGUCAAUCUUGAUUUACCCCGAUUUCGACAUACCCUUUUGAAAGCCUUGGACCUCCUUAACGCCUAG